AUGGAGACAGCUCAUCUCCUAGAAGCAACCGCGUCGUCCGGCGCAGUCGACCCGACCAUGUCCCCAGUUUCGAACACCCCGCUCCGAACUUUCGAAGACUACCAAGCCUCGGCCGACCCCUCAGACAACGUAUACUUCAGCCUCGACAGCUUUAGGAUCCGUUGGCCCAUCUUCGGCGAGCUGUCAGACAUCAUGGUCAUCGACGAUCCUAUGGACGCAUCUUCAACCGCUAGACUAUUUAAGACUGCCGAUGGUUGGCAUCCAAUCGCUACUGCACCAGUCUCAUACCCACCCAUCUCUGCUACCUAG